GCACAGGCAAUCUGAACCACCUGAAGACGGUUCAGGGAGGUUCUGCUCAGACACGUGACAAGAGAGUUGCAGCAUUCUAAGAGUGAGGAGAUGAAGGUGUGGAUAACAAGUUCUGAGCGGGACAGAAUGGGACUCACCAAUAUUCAUGAGAUGAUCGAAGGAAGUGCAAACAAGAGAACUGACAUGAGAAUCUAGUGUGAGAGCUGGAUCAAAGGUCAAAUCAAGAUUGCAGACUGAUAGUUUGGUGUGAGGAGCAAGCUGACCAAGAGAGUCUCUGACUUUGGGAACCAGCUUGUCUGGGGCACAGAGGUUGAUGGUGUGAAAAUAAACAAGGAAAAAAGUAAAGUUGAUGAUUUAAAUCGACUGAACCUUGAGAGAGACAGAAAACUGGAUGCCAAAAGAAGCAAAAGUUAUAACAUUUUUAGGUAAGAAUCACUUCCUGUUGAUUUGCAAACCGGGGGGCCAUUUCCUGCGUGGUGUUCUUCUACCGUUACCUCAGCAUAUUUAGCACUCACUUUUCUUUGCUAUAAAUACCCUUCUGCUGAUGAGAAGUUGUUGAUCACACACCUCACUGCUGACAAAAAUAAAUAAAGCGAAUGACUUUGUUUUGGCUAUCUGCUUGUUGAUUAGACUAAAAAGGAUGCUUUGCUCAUUAAAAGCUGAAGCCACUUUCCUGCCCACAGACUGUAACCACGGCGCAAGUUAAACACAGUUCCGGCUCUCCACGACUCUAGGGAAGUUAAACAAGUAAAACAGUAUGCAGAGUCAGUGAUGAAAACAGGGGAGGAGGGAGAGAUUCUGAUCACAUGGCCAUAGUCACUGAGAGCUUGCUGCCGGGGUACAGCCCACAGAAAUAUGAAAAGAGUCGACUGUGAGGAGUCAGGUCCACACGACGAGCAUCACUUUCACAGUCUCGCGUACAUCUGAGCCUUCUAGCCGGUGGCAGAAAACCAGGCCAAAGGAAGAAGAAAGCAAAAUGUCUGAUGAAAUCACAAACUUGACUCAGAGCAACACCACAGAUCUCCACAAUUACACCUUCGUCGUUUUCACUUCUACCCCUGAAGGUUCCCCGUCCUCUAUCCUGGACAUAAUCACAGCCAAUGACAUAACCUCCAGAGCAAACUAUGUCUACAGCUUCUUUGCCGCUGUGGGAUUCCUGGCAGGCUGCUUUCUGCUCUUCAGCUUCAUUCAGACCUACAGGGCCCACAGACGAGUGGCGUGGCUCGAUUCUCUCCUCUGGGUUUUUUGUGGCUUCCAGAUGCUGCUCCUGCUGCUUUCUCUCCACAUUGUGGUGUACAGACCAGACUUCAUGAAGAGCACGGCUCUGGGCUGUGCUGCUCUCUCCUUCACCAUCAACUCUACCUCUCUGUGCAGCUUGUUGGUCUUGGCGCUCUUGGCAUACGUCCUCACCUUUGACCCACCUUCUCACGCCCUGCUGAGGAAUCCUAAAGUCUGCACAGCCUUGGUUUUUCUGACAUCUACUCUGAUCUGUCUGCUGCUGGCUGCACUUCGUGGUCUGCAAGAAGUGAACGAUUGUGUGAUGGACCCAGCCCACGCUGGUGUUUCAUAUGCAGUUGCAAAACUGUGUUUGGCUCUUCUGCUCCCCUACAGUCUGCAACUUGGACUUUUAAUAAGUAGCUGUGUCCUAAAGAGGAAAUCUAGAGGGCGUUUCCUAUCAGGUUCCGAGGAGGGUCCCAUGUUCUUGACAGUCAGCAUGGUUACGUUCCUCUGCCUGCUCUUCUACACCACAGCUCUGGUGAGAGGAUUUCAACUCAUCAGCAGUGGGGGGCUGAGCCCUAAGGAGAGAGCGUUUCUGAGUGUGGCAGAGUGUGUGCUGUUCUUGGGGAGCAGCGUCAGCCUGGUGCUGGUGCUGUUCAUGCACAGGCCAUGUCGGGAGAGUCUCUACGGAGUCAUGAGGCAGCUGAGGGACUUGUGUCGAAACCCUGGCCGUGCACAGCCCAACAGAAACAUCAUCACACCACAUAUCGAGAUCACGGACUCUCUCCAGGAUAUAGAAUCCUAAACAGGAAAAAAAAAACCUCUUGAAU